AUGGGUGUGGUCCUUGACAACGUUCACAACCGGGAUACGUCCCAAGUUGGCGCUACUGUCUUGCCUACAGAUGGUAUUCCUGACGAGAAAGCACCCCCGAGCGCCGAGGACGCCGCCGCCAACGAUUCCGACAACUUGAGUCUCGAGGCCCGCAAUGAAAAGGAGGUCCUGCAGAAUCCUGACAAGGUUACUUCCUAUGCAGAGGCCGGUGUUCAAAAAGCUGAAGCAUCCGCCCUCGUGUGGGGCAAGAAGGCUGUCUACGCAACUUAUGCCUGGAUUUGGGUCUGCUUUUUCAUGCUUGCCUUCCAGUCAGCGGUAGGAAACCAGCUGCUUUUUACGGCAUAUUCCGACUUCCAGAACGCCCCGGCUAUUGCAACAGCCAACAUUCUGGCGACCAUCGUCGGUGGCGUGCUAAAACUACCUAUUGCCAAAGUUCUCAAUCUGUGGGGCCGUAGUGAAGGUUUGGUGAUUGCGCUCAUCGUCUAUAUUAUUGGAAUUAUCCUCCUGGCCUCCUGCACUGGACCUGAUAGCUACGCCGCUGGUUACGUACUUUACUGGAUUGGGUAUGAUGCUCUCUACGUAAUCCUGGACGUCUUCAUCGCAGACACGUCGGGUAUGCGAAACCGUGCUUUUGCCUUUGGCUUCGUCAAUACUCCAUUUAUCUGCACCGCGUUUACGGGCCCCUUGGCUGCCGCUUCGUUCGUCAAGACGAGCGGAUGGAGAUGGGGCUACGGUGUGUUUAGUAUCAUCAUGCCUUUCGUGUUUCUUCCAUUGGCCGUUGUUUUCAAGUUCUAUCAGCGCAAGGCCAAGAGACUAGGCGUCUAUAACAAGGAACCAAGCGGUCGCACCGUCAAACAAUCGCUUGUUUACUACUUGCAUGAAUUCGACGUUGUUGGCGCUUUUCUGCUCAUGUCUGCCUUCAUCCUCUUCUUGCUUCCGUUCAGUCUGCAGUCGUCUCGACGCAUCACCUACGAUAGCGCGGCAUUCAUCUGUAUGAUUAUCAUCGGAUUCCUGCUAUUCUUUGUCUUUGCAGCCUGGGAACGGUUCGGUGCGCGAGUGCAAUUUGUUCGAUGGGAGCUACUAAAAAAGCGUACCGUGCUCGGUGCGUGCCUUUGUGCAGCCGCCUUGAACCUUUCCUUCAGCUGUUGGGACUUGAAUUACUACUACUUCGUCAUGGUUGCGUACAACCUCAACUUGGCCGACACUGGUUAUAUGACCCAAAUUUACAACGUGGGGUCGUGUUUCUGGGGACCAGUCUUUGGUUUGUCUGUCCGCUUCACUAAACAGUUCAAAUACACUUGUCUGGCUUUCGGUGUUCCCCUGCUCCUGCUCGGUGCAGGCCUUCAGAUCCACUUCAGGGGCCAGGAAGGCUCUAUCGGCUACCUGAUCAUGUGUCAGAUUUUUAUUGCUUUCUCUGGCGGGACUCUUGUCAUAGGAAACGACAUGGCUGUCAUGGCCGCCGCCGACCGCAUGGGUGUGCCUAUGAUGCUCUCGCUCAUUUUCAUGUUCAGCAGUUUGGGAAGCUCGAUCGGAAGUGCUGUGAGCACUUCCAUCUACAGCAGCACCUUCCCCGACGCUCUUGCCUCUGCGCUGCCCGACGCACUCAAGUCGAACGCAACCGAAAUCUAUAACAGCGGAUAUCUAGUUCAGUACACCUACCCCGUCGGGACACCAACGCGAGAUGCCAUCAAUUAUGCCUGGGGUUACACUCAAAAGUACGAAUCAGUUGCCGCCGUCUGCUUUUCCAUCUUGACCAUUCCGGCCGUUGCUAUUUGGAAGAACUACAAGGUCGACAAGCAACAAAAUAAGGGAACAAUGCUGUAG